UCUUUCAGUGUGUCGCCAGUACUGAUGAAGCCCUCAUUGCUGCUUCUGUCUCACCUCUGCCUGUUCAGCCUCAUGCCUCCCUCGUGGGCAUCAGACUCAGCAGAAGGUGCCUCCAGCCUCACUUGUUGGUAUGACUCACGGGCGGCUCUCUUCUGUGACUGGGACCCGGGCAGGGACUUGGCUGAAGCACCAUGUCAGCUGGAGAUUUUAUCAAAGAAAGGCUUUUAUGACAGCUCACUGGAGUUAUAUCCCUCACCUGAAAAACACAAGAAGCACUGCAAAUUACCCAAGGCAGAGCAUAUGACAGGAUUGAGGAGAUGCAUCAAAACCUUCAAUCAAAAUGUUAAUAAUCAGUGCUUCACCGUUUCAGACCGUCUUAGCUUGUCUGUCCAUUGCCACACUGGAGAGAAUAAAACCAAAAUACCUGAGCAAAUAAAAAACUUCAAUCCAUUUGAAAAUAUAAAGCUGAGGCCUCCAGGAGACCUUCAGCUGGUUAACAUAACUGAAAACACCUCCAACCUAACAUGGAGCCUGAAUAUUUCCUCUCACUAUUUGGAUGGGAUGCGGGAGUAUCAAGUGCGGUACCGACACAUGAGUCAGUCCUGGGAGGAGGCUGCGAACUUGCCCAUUGAACAGGACCAGAUGUGGGCAAAUUUUGAGAGACUCUCACCCAACUCGAAAUAUGAGGCAGCUGUCCGUGCAAGGCCAAGUGCCAGAAGCCCCUACAAAGGCGUGUGGAGUGACUGGAGCAAGCCGGUCCUGUGGAGGACACACGCUGACCGAACAUCCCAGCCAGUCCUGCCAGUUCUAAUAGUGAGCACCUUCAUCUUUGUGAUCAUUGGGACUGCCUUCCUCAUUAACUUACGGACCCUGAAAUGGUUUAAGAAGAUCCUGAAGAUUCACAUCCCAGACCCUGAGAAGUUUUUUCCCCCACUUGUUUCUGUUCAUGGAGGUGACAUUCAGAAAUGGCUCUCCUCCCCGUUCUCGACAUCUUCCUACUGCGUGAACAGCACAACCCCAGAGAUCUCCAUGCUCGAGGUGAUGCAGAAGAAUGACCAGGAAUCCCGGUUUCUACUUUCCAAGGGAACCCUGACUCCUGAUCCUCCCACAGAAACCAGUGUGCACUCUGGAUCCAGCUGCUUCACCAACCAAGGCUACUUCUUCUUCCAUCUUUCCAACUCCUUUGAGAUCGAGCCCUGUCAGGUCUACUUCUCCUACGAGCCUUUCAGCCAGGAGGGCAGUGGCAGCAAGGAUGGCGACUUUUACCAGGCUCUCCCCUCCCCAGACCUCUGCACACUGGCAGAGGACAUGAAUGUAUUGCCCAACAACUUCUUUCACUGUAUGGAGGCAACCCAGGGCUCCAGAAAGAACUCCUUCAUGGAAGAGACAGCAGGUGAAGCCCAGCAGGCCAUGGCUGUUCCUGGGGCUCUCCAGUCGAGUGAAGGCACUUCACCAACACCAGUUCUGGAACAGGAUGAGAAGGUGAUGGGCAAAGCAGCUUCACAACCUGCUGAGGCCGUGUGCCUGUUGGACACUGACUUUCCUGACCCACUGCACGUGCAGGACAGCAAUACUGUCAGUGUAACGGACGGGAGUGGGAAGGGGGGCCCUCCAACUGACCCGUGCACACCAGCAGCAAAUGCUACCUCUUCCUUCUCCCAGCCUCCACCUCUAACACAAAGACAGGAUGAGGAUCCAUGCAAAACAGCCUUCUCCAGCCAGGUCCCAAACACUGGUGCCUACCUUUCUCUGAGGGACCUCCAAAGCCAGUACAGCCAUUGCUCUGUCUAGGAUCUGCUUGGAGGAGACCCAGAGGUGGGAAAGGCCACCUCUGCAAGGAAGGCUAGAUAGAGAGUUUCUCUCCUCAGGACAUGAAUAUAACUUCAGCAUCAAUCCCAUCAGGACUGCUCACUAAUGAGGCUGGAGAAGACUGGCCAACACAGACUUACCUUCAUGAGCAAAUAUGAAGGUUAAUACUCUGUUGAUACUGGCUCUGAUGACAUAGAAACUCCUCACACUUCUCAAGUGACAUUCCAAACCUCACCAAUUCAU